UACUACAAUGAAACUCAAUGAACGUAGUGUGGUACAUUAUGCCACCUGUGAGUCUCCAGCUGAUCAUACUGGCUUUCUGUGCAAGCGUAUGGAACGCCAUCAUCACAACCAUCAUAUCACCUCUUACCAGCGCCGCUGGUUCAUUCUCAAGGGCAACUUGCUGUUCUACUUUGAAGAGCGGGAGAGCUGUGACCCCCUGGGUCUCAUUGUGUUAGAGGGCUGCACAGUGGAACUAUGUGAAGCUGCUGAGGAAUUUGCUUUUGCCAUCCGCUUUGAUAGCAGUGGUGGCAAAUCUUAUGUGUUGGUUGCUGACUGCCAAGUUGCCAUGGAGGCUUGGGUGAAGGCACUUUCACGAGCCAGCUUUGAUUAUAUGAGGCUAGUAGUUAAGGAACUAGAGAAACAGCUGGAAGAGGCUCAGAGGAGCUUAGCUGCUAGCCAUAAAUCACCAAAGAAAUUGUCUUCUGGCCGCAAAAGGCAUUUAUCAAAUCCCAUGAUGAUAUCCAUCCAAGAGCAUCCUGUCAUCUUGGAGAAUGGUUACUCCACAUGGAACGAUAGUUGCACUCUUGCAGAAAUGGCAUAUUCUGAUUUCAGUGGAGGAUUUCUGAAGCCCCCACCUUUACCUCCUCGUCGAAAACUGACAGGCAGUGCUGUAGGUGGAGCAUCGUUGGCUGGGUCUGCCUCUGCCACACAGGAAAGUCCUGUAUCUCCAGAGACUACCUGCUUCUCAAAGUUGCAUAAUUGGUAUGGUCAGGAAAUUGCAGAGGUGAGAAGAGAGUGGAUGGAAAGAAAGAAGACAGUAGAAAUAGGAACACAUUGA